UUCCAGGUAAAUGUCAAACAAGGAAAGAACAGAGCCUCAGUGGGUAACGCCGUCGUCAAAUCAGGUAUCACAGCAAGAUGUGCCACCUGAUUACGAGACGAUUGGCACAAUCUUCGGUUAUGCGUUACAAGCUCUUUCAUGGAUACUUAUUAUUGUCACGUUUCCAUUUUCCAUGUGUGUAUGCUUAAAGGUUAUCAAAGAAUACGAGCGAGUUGUAAUCUUCCGUAUCGGUCGUUUGGUGUUUGGAGGAGCUCGUGGUCCUGGAAUGAUCUUCAUCAUUCCCUGUAUUGAUACUUAUCGAAAAAUUGAUCUUCGUGUUGUCUCGUACGCAGUUCCACCGCAGGAAAUCCUGUCAAAAGACUCUGUGACUGUAUCCGUCGACGCCGUUGUCUACUUCCGUACCUCCGACCCGAUUGCUUCCGUCAACAAUGUUGACGAUGCCAUUUACUCCACCAAACUGCUAGCGCAAACUACGCUGAGAAACGCUUUGGGUAUGAAAACUUUGACUGAAAUGCUCACAGAACGUGAAGCCAUUGCUCAACUUUGCGAGACCAUUCUUGAUGAAGGAACUGAACAUUGGGGAGUUAAGGUAGAACGUGUGGAAGUGAAGGACAUCCGUCUCCCCCAACAACUCACACGUGCCAUGGCCGCCGAAGCCGAGGCCGCGCGUGAAGCUCGAGCCAAAGUUGUCGCCGCCGAGGGAGAGCAGAAGGCGUCACGGGCUCUCAAAGAAGCGGCCGAUGUCAUUCAAGCGAACCCAGUUGCUCUUCAGCUUCGUCACUUGCAAGCACUCAACAGCAUUGCAGCUGAGCACAAUUCUACAAUUGUUUUCCCCGUACCUGUGGAAAUGUUUGGAGCAUUUAUGAAAAAAGACCAAUAAUCAUAUUUUCCUUUUUUUCUCUAUAAAUGCUGCACCUUUUGAAAUUUGGAUCCCAGAUAGUGCAUUAUUAAUAGAUCAAUCAUUUGUAUUAAUUCAAAGUCUAUAUACAUACAAUUAUCUUUCAAAUAGCCUUUAUCCUACCAAUACUUUCCUAAACGUUCUCGAUUUGCACAAAAAAAAACCAGCCAAACAAAACACAAAACUCUCUAAUUUCCCCCAAAUUCCGAUUUGCAACUGUCAUUCAACCCGAUCAUGUAUUUUCUGAACUUUUUUUCAAAAUUUACGAAACUCUAGUUCUUCUUAUUUUUCAUUUAUAUAUUCAUGAAUAAAUCAGUUAUUUAUUA